AUGAUUCCGAUGCUAGUCCGCGACCCCAGUGACUUCAGCUCAUGCGGUCCGCUGUGCCCGGCGUUCCGGCUGGCUUCGCGCUCCAACCGCUACGACGUGCGUCUGUACCCGCGCACCCUCUGGGUCAGCUACGUCACCGUCACCGAAAACCGGCUGCUGGCCGAGAUGGAGGCGCGCGCUGGCAUUGCAGAGUUUCUCGGCGGCAGGAACAGUCACGGGGUGGUGCUACCCCAGACAUACCCGCAUGUGACCCAGCUCCGGUACGGUCGCGUGCCAGGCCUGCAGAAGCAGGAGGCGGACUUCAGCGUGUCCGUUCCCCUGCUGGAGGGCACCAUCCAGCCGCGGCCCGACUCCAAUCAGGUGGUGGUGGACUACGUGAGCAAGCAGCGCGUCUUCGUUACCUCGUUCUGGGCUCGGCCGUGGAAGCUGACGGACAAGACACUGCGGCUGCGAGCCAAGCGCUUUAUCCGGCGACUACGCCGGCAUGGCCACUCCUUCCUCGACAGCUACUUCUACCUGGCCAAGUAUGACAGCACGGAGUCUCGGAAGCGUUCUUUCUACGAGAUCUGGCUGUACAGCACGCCGUUUAAGAGCAAGAAGCGGUUCCAACCAACGGGCAAGCCGCAGGAGCCGCGCCCUACCAACCGCACGCUGGACACCAUCCGCCGACUCUGCAGAGGUCUGGAGUGUCCUCAAUUUGAGGUGCUGUCGGAGCACAGGGGCGGGAUUCAGAAGCGGCACUACUACAACGCUGUGUUCGCCACAUCUCGGAUGGACGGCUGCGACUCCAGCAUUCAGGCCAUGUGGCGGGGACUGAUGCCGCUUCACCUUUACAGGCAAGGAAUUAACUCACACCUGGAGGUGAUAGAAGCCACUCGACCCAUCGGUGUGCUGCGCGUGCACGAGGCCGUGCCGGCCCGCAACACCAGCUGCCGUAUGACGUCACUCAUGUACCUGCCGAGACGGCUACAUCAGAACCCGCCCAACACUGGUCCGUCGGCGCCGCCGACCAGCCUGGCGUACGUGCACGAUCUGCAUGUGUACGUACAGACGGUGGGUGGAUUCGUGCUCGAGCCAGGCCGCGUGGCGGAUGAAGUGACGGCGUUCCGCGCCGAACUAGACGCGCUCCGGCUCUGCUACAGGCCCGACCAGUACUUCGUGGCCGUGUACGACUUCAUCCAGCGCUAUCACGGCCGCCUCAACGAGGUCUGGCUGGUGGCGCGCCGCUGCAGGGGCUGAGUGACGAGG